AUGGAACUUAUGCAGCUGAAACAGGGUAAUACAACUAUUGCAGAAUAUGCCCGUAAGUUUGAUGACUUGUGCCGUUUCUCUAAGAUCUGCCAAGGGAAUCCUGCCGACUUUGAGGAAUGGAAGUGUCUGAAGUUUGAAGGAGGACUCCGAGAAGAACUGAUAAAUUCUGUUGUUCCGCUAGAGAUACGAAAUUUUGCUGAACUGGUGAAUAAAAGUAAACUAGUGGAAGAAUGUUCGAAGAAGGCGGCGAUAGCUCGAGCAGAUCGUAGGGAGGCCUCACGAAGAGACCUUAUUCAGAAUUUAGCCCCUCAAGGUUGCAACUUUAAAGCCAAUAAUCAAUAUCGGCACCAAAAUAGGAAUCAACGGAAUGGUGAUUUUCUUGCUCGCAACAACAAUAACAACCAUAACUAUAAUCUGGGACAGGAACGAGGAGGUCAAUCUCAGGGUAUUUCGAUAUGCUCAAGGUGUGGAAAAGAUCAUGGUAAUAGACCUUGUCAGUAUGGAACAAACAAUUGUUAUACUUGCGAAAAACCUGGACAUAUGGCCAGGGCUUGCCCAAAUAGGUUUGUUCAAGAUCCAGCCAGAACCCAACUAUUAGGACGAAUAUCUACCAUGACUGUUGAUGAUGCUCUGUACUCAGACUCCGUGAUCCAAGGCCGAAGUUCACCUACAGUGAAUAUCAAUUGUGCAUCUCAGGGUGUUGCUCCUGUAGGCCGAAGUUCACCUACAGAGAGUUAUGAUACCUGUAAGCCGAAGUUCACUUACAGGGGCGCCUUUUCUAGAAAGAAAGAGGUAAUGUAUAAGAAUGUGAAAGUGAUGAUGAAUAACGAGAUUAAUAAUGAAUGA